CAGUGUUGUGGCGGUCAGUCCCCUCCAGAGAAGCGGGUGUGUGCUCCCAGCCUGGUGGUGCCCCUCUGCCGGCUGUUGCUCUGCUCUGCUCCAGUCGGGAUUCCAGCUGGAUGGGGCUAGAGGCAGAGGCAGUCAGAUGGCUGCGCUCCUCCAAGGGUUAAAUCUGCCACCGGUCUCCCUCGUUGAGGCUGUGCAGUUGGAGUCUCGCCUCUUCUGUGGCUGCAUGUGCUGUGGCGAAAUUCCCAGUUGCUGCUCUGGAAACCGAUUGUGCCAGUGAAGAAUGUGCCAGCUCAGCGAAUCGGUCAGAAGAGCAUAAAGUGGAGCAAGGACAGCACCAUGUCUGACAGCAAGGAGUGGGCCACACUCAGCCCGGAGGAGUUCACCCAGCUACAGAAGUACAUUGACUACAGCAGCAAGAAGGUGCAGGAUGUGCUGCAGGAAUUUUAUGGAGAGGGUACAUUGUCCCAGCACCUGCAAGGAGAUUCAAUAGACUUUGAGGGCUUCAAACUCUUCUUGAAAACCUAUCUGGAGGCAGAGGAGAUCUCAGAUGAACUUUGCUGCCACCUCUUCAUGUCUUUCCAGACCACAGCAGGACAGGCCACAAUAGAACCAGGCAUGCAAACUGCCAUUGGUUUUGUUUGCGUCAACGAUGUAUCUUGUUACUUCUCGCUUCUGGAAGGUGGGAGGCCAGAGGACAAGUUGGAGUUCACCUUCAAGCUCUAUGACAAAGAUGGGAACGGCCUCCUCGACAGUUCAGAAGUGGAUCGCAUAAUCACACAGAUGAUGCGUGUAGCUGAAUAUCUGGACUGGGAUGUAACUGAGCUCAAGCCAAUCCUGCAGGAGAUGAUGCGAGAGAUUGACUACGAUGGCAGCGGCACGGUCUCUCUCUCCGAGUGGCUCCGCGGUGGUGCUACCACGGUCCCCCUCCUGGUGCUGUUGGGGCUAGAGGCUACAAUGAAAGAUGAUGGGCAACACCUCUGGCGCCUGAAGCACUUUAACCGCCCUGUUUACUGCAACGUCUGUGAGACCCUGCUGUUGGGACUGCGCAAGCAGGGGCUGCGCUGCACCUUUUGCAAGUAUACCGUGCACGAGCGAUGUGCCCGCAAGGCCCCACUAAGCUGCAUCAGCACGUAUGCCAAGAGUCGCCGUGACACCAGUGUGCAAGCCCAUGUCUGGGUGAGAGGUGGUUGUGAUGGCAGUAAAUGUGACCGGUGUCAAAAGAAGAUCAAGAGUUUUCAGAGCCUGACAGGCAUGCACUGUGCCUGGUGCCAUCAGAAGAUCCAUGAUGAGUGCCUCUCCCUCAUGCCUUCAACCUGUGAUUGUGGAAUCCUCAGAGACCAUAUCCUGCCACCGUCAGCAAUCUACCCUGUUGUGUUGGAGCGGCAAAACAGUCAGAAGAAUGGAGUCUGUGGGACGCCUUCAGAAGAGCCAGCACAGCCCUUCACCACCCUUGAGGGACAGGCAUUGCGGAUCAUCCCAGUGCCUGACACGCAUCCCUUGCUUGUCUUUGUCAAUCCCAAGAGUGGUGGGAAACAGGGUGAAAGGGUGCUGCGGAAAUUCCAGUAUCUCCUCAACCCGCGGCAGGUCUACAACUUACUGAAGGGGGGCCCUGGACUUGGGCUGAAUUUUUUCCGGGAUGUGCCAGAUUUCCGUAUCUUGGUAUGUGGUGGUGAUGGCACUGUGGGAUGGAUCUUGGAUGCCAUCGAUAAAGCAAACCUAGUGAAUCGGCCUCCAGUGGCUGUGUUGCCUUUGGGAACUGGCAACGAUCUCGCCCGCUGCCUUCGCUGGGGAGGAGGUUAUGAUGGUGAGAAUCUGGUAAAGAUCCUGAAGGAUAUCGAGGCCAGCAGCAUUCUGCAGAUGGAUCGCUGGUCCGUGCAGGUGACGCCUGAUAACCCAGAUGAGAAAGGCGAUCCUGUCCCCUAUGAGAUCAUCAACAACUAUUUCUCUAUUGGUGUUGAUGCCUCCAUUGCUCACCGAUUCCAUGUCAUGCGGGAGAAAUACCCGGAGAAAUUUAAUAGCAGGAUGAAGAACAAGCUCUGGUAUUUUGAGUUUGCCACGUCUGAGACCAUCUUUGCCACCUGCAAAAAGCUCAAGGAGUGCCUGUCUGUGGAGUGCUGUGGGCAGCCCCUUGACCUCAGUGGAGCGCUUUCCGGAGUAGCUGUGCUCAACAUUCCCAGCAUGCACGGCGGCUCCAACCUCUGGGGUGAGACCAAAAGGCCUUUGGGGGAAGCAGCAGCACGAAACAUAGCAGGCGGGGCAGCACAGACCCAGGUCAUCACUGAUGCCGAAACCCUGAAGAACUGCGUGCAAGACCUGAGUGACCAGAGGCUGGAGGUGGUAGGCCUGGAGGGUGUGAUUGAGAUGGGACAGAUCUACACAGGGCUGAAAAGUGCGGGCAAGCGGCUGGCCAAGUGCUCGGAGAUCACGCUGCGAACCUUCAAGCACCUCCCCAUGCAGAUUGACGGAGAGCCCUGGAUGCAGGCACCCUGCACGAUCAAGAUAACCCACAAGAACCAAGCCCCAAUGCUCAUAGCAGCACCUCCCCGGUCCUCCAGCUUCUUCGGCCUCAAGAAGGGACCACAGGAGGCCUAAAGGGCCUAUCCAGGGGACAGCGGUCGCCAGGACGAUCCCACCUCCAGGCCUGUGCCAGGAUGUUGGGUGCUCUGCAGCCCUGUGGGGAAUCCGCCUCCAUCACCGCCCCAGUCCACAGACUGAACCCGGCAGGCGCCUUGUAGAUGGCCACCGGAAGCGCUGCUGCCGCCAGAGCCUGCCUCAGCCAUGCACAGAGUGGCCGUGCCGAUCCUCUGGUUUGGGGAAGGAAUACUUCGGCCCUUUGCCCCUUAUUAGGUUUUGCAGUGCCCUGCUCUCUGGUGUUGCCCCCUGGGCAGCCUGCCUCCCCUAGGGCCCCCCCACCCAAUGUGUGGAUGCCAAAUCCUCCUCGGCUGCCCUCCCAGUGGGCCCCAUACGUUGCCAGCCCUUCUCCUUGUCGAUCUUACCCCCUGCACUUGAGGUAUCUGUUGAAAGACUGUGGUGGCACCAGCUCUCCUCUCCCACGUCUCCCCCCCCCACUCCUAUUUUAUUUAUUGCAUCUCCAUUCCCGUCCUCCACCGACAGUUAAGUUAUCGGAAGUGCCUCGGAAUAGUAAUAAAGGGUUGGUCUUGGUUUGGUUUUUUCCCCUC